GUUUUAAACGUGGAUAUUCCUCGCCGGUCGCCGCCUGGUGGUUUUGUCCUCAACGCAGUGGGUUGUUUAUGGUUACUGCUUGUUAUGAUGCCAGUGAACUCGCGUGAUAGAAAAGAGAAUAAUCACGAAGAAAUGGACGUGGAUUAUCCUGAACAUGAGGCCAGUAGCUCGGAUGAGGAGGAUUCAGUCAGCUCGUCCGCAUCGGAGGAUGGAGAUACUUCAGACAUGGAUGAUGAAGACUGUGAAAGAAGGCGAAUGGAGUGUUUAGAUGAGAUGACGAACCUUGAGAAGCAGUUCACAGACCUCAAGGAUCAGUUGUAUAAAGAGAGGCUCACUCAGAUGGACCUUAAAUUACAAGAAGUGAUAGCUGGCAGUGCUCCAGAAUACCUUGAACCCCUGGCCACCCUACAGGAGAACAUGCAGAUCCGGACCAAAGUUGCAGGCAUCUAUCGUGAGCUCUGUUUGGAUUCUGUCAGAAACAAAUAUGACUGUGAGAUGCAGGCAGCAAGCCAGCACUGGGAGAGUGAGAAGCUCUUGCUUUUUGACACGGUUCAGAGUGAACUAGAAGAAAAGAUCAGGCGACUGGAAGAGGACAGACACAGUAUAGAUAUAACUUCAGAGCUGUGGAAUGAUGGUAUGCAGGCGAAGAAGAAUAAAAAGAAAGAUCCUCUCAGUCCCGGAAAAAAGAAAAAACCUGUUGUCGUGUCAGGACCAUACAUUGUUUACAUGUUACAAGACUUGGAUAUACUUGAAGACUGGACAGCCAUAAGAAAGGCUAUGGCUUCAAUGGGUCCCCACAGAGUGAAAGUGGAUGUUCCUCUCAAAUCUGAGAGACAUCAUCACGUGGCCCGAUCAGAGGAUGGACGUCUGUUCUAUGACAAUAAAUGGUACAGCCGAGGUCAGGCCAUUUGUAUCAACAAGAAGGAUGAAUACCCCAGCAGUGCCAUAAUAACCACUGUUAACCACGAUGAGGUUUGGUUCAAGCGUCUGGAUGGCAGCAAAUCAAAGCUAUAUAUCUCUCAGCUCCAGAAAGGCAAAUACACUAUAAAACACUCCUGAACUUUUACCUUCUCUGCCUACGGUCCAUCUGUUUUCAUGUGUGUUCAAUUCUGCACUCUGUUUGUCACCAUGACCUGUCAUUAACGCUGAUGGGACUUGGGUCUUACAUGCAUGCACGGCAUGUUUGCACUCCCUGAGUCAGAGCUGCAAAACAAACAAAAAAGCAGCCCAAGUGAUAUUGAACACAUCACUGUUUCUAUGCCUUUUAUGAUAUACAAACAGAUUCAGUGUUUCAUUUGAUUUAUGGUGCAUGAAUUUCCGUUCUGAAACUGAGUGCCAUAUAUCCUGUGAGAUAUGUGUUUUACAUUCUUUACAGGAUUGUUUGCAAAGCUCCUUAUAUUAUUAUUAUUAUUAUUUUUUCUACUUGUCCUCAAAAUGAAAGACAAAUACUAUGAAUUGUUAGAAUAUUGUGUGUUAUCAUAUCUGUAUAGUUUGGUAUUAAUGUAAACUUUCUUUAUCAUGUAAAGGAUCAAAUCAUUUUAGAAGUACCAUCUUCGGCCAAGCCAGCAACGUAUAUGUAGUCUUUGAUUAAAUGCAUGGUUUUGCUGGGCAUGUCAUGUGCGUUGUGUAUCAGGGAACUUGCAACUCAUCAUCUCAGUAUUAAACAGGAAAAAUUAGCUUUUUCUGUUUAAAUGUUGCCGUUUUAAAGCGGCCAAACCAACUUCAGCUAGACAUUGCACUGAAUGUUGUUUGAUAUAUUUUUUUCUAUGUCCUGUAUGUUUACAUCCAUUUCACAGUGUUUCAGCACUACAGUUGUUUGUUACUU